UAGGCGGCUGUAGGCUACUCCGCUUCUCGGUCCAGCACAUAGACCAAAGAGGAUUCUCUUGGAGGCUACCUGUAAAUCAUCACUUGCCCCUGCACGUCAAGAACGAGCGCCGGUAUCUGCGCUGGGUGUGUGUGGCCUCAUCUCAAUGCUGACUGCUCCCUCAUGAGUGACCCCAGUGAUGAUCUCAUGAGGCCUCGGGAUGGAGACGAGACACAUGCACCCAAAUCUGUGGACGCCAUGGCAACUCCACCUUUGUCAGGUUCCGAUGAGAACCAGAAUCAGGUGACUGAGCAACAGAAGCAACACUGGGAGUCAAGCUGCAGAGACCAUCAGUUAACCACAAGCAACAGCAGCCAGAGCGGGGGCUCUCCUCAGUCGGCCAAUAUGAUGACCAACACUACAGGGGUCUCACCUCACAGUGAUAAUCAUGGUCCUGGCCCCUCCUCCUCCUCCACCUGUGGACCCCCAGGACCAAGCCCUGCUCUGCUCGCAUCCCUGCGGUCUCUGGGGGAGCACAGGGAUCACACACUGCUGCCCCAGUCUCUUCACCAGAUAGCAGAGGCGUAUUUCCUGGACGAAGACUAUCGCUGGGCCGUCCACUUCCUGCAGCUUGAGCAACUGUACCACCAGAGGCUGCUGUCCAACCUGGCUGCCCUGCAGGAACAAUGGGAAUCCCAGUGGAAGGCGGGAGGGACCCUGCCUCGGGCCGACGCCUCUCCGCUGGCUGACUGCCCCCGUGAAGAGUCGGAGCGGAUGGACUCGCUCAGGCACAUCUGCAGGACCCACGAGCGACCUACUCUCUGCAUGGAAAAGCACAUGGUUGACCAAUCCCGGACAGACAGCCUAGGGCCCUGUGAGAGGUAUGGAGGCGUGCAGGAGACUGUCUCCUGUUUGGAGAACCAACACAAGAGAGCGACACCAGACAAUUCCCCCCAUCCAACGAGGGAACAGCAGGAGGAAGGAGAAGAGGAGCAGGAGGAGGACGAAGACGAGGACCUCUGGGAGGAGCAAGAGGACGAGGAAGAGGAGGGAGUGGAGGAGCUUCAGAUGGGAGCUGGAGAGGCGAGGAGCAAAGGACUGAGACCUAUGGAAGACUUGGCCAAAUGCAUCCAGGUGGAGGAGAUGUCUCCAACCAAUGGGCUGGUGUCCAUUCUGAAGAGGAGAGUUUCAGAAGAGGGAGAGCCAUCACCUCCCGAGAGCUCCCCCAGACGCACAGCCCGGCGUAAAGUCCGCUUCAGUGAGCCCAGUGAGGAUGAUUCCAGCGCAGAUUCCUGCCUGAUCCUUGUGGUCCUGUGCCUGGUCACCGUAGUGAUAAGCAUCGGCGGAACGGCGCUUUACUGUCUCCUUGGCAACGCCAGCACAGCCGUGUGCACGGACUUCUCCCAGAACAUGGAUGUGUACUGGGGUCCCGUGCGGAGUGGUGUCGGGUGGCUGACCCACUGGCUGUUCCCCAUCUCCUAACGUCUGUCCACCUCCAGACAGGACUGUGGACUAUGUAAAUAACAACACUUCUUGCACUGUUGUCCAACAGUCGUGGUGUGUGCUUUCCACAAAGGUCUUAUUCAGUCUUAACAGUCAUGGCGUGCUUUCCACAAACGUCUUAUUUAUACGCAGGAAUAUCAGACUUCAAAAGUAAAGAUCAUUACCGCACACUUGUAUAAUAUUACAAAUUGUUUAUUUAGAGCAAACAACGUGCUUUGCUGUCAGCUUCUUCAGGUUUGUGUUGUUCACUCUAAUUAAACUAUCCGUAAUAAUGUAUUAUACACAUGUGCGGUGAUAUUUACUUUUGAAGUCAUAAUCAACUACUUUACAGAUGGACCAAUGGGCUUUUAGGCCCCCAACCUGGAUUUGCUGCAGUAGGAAGAGUUUCUAACUGAGAUUUGUUUCCCGUCCUCAGGACAAUAAACCACAAUAUCUACAACUCAGCAGCUCUUGAACUGCACAGCUAAAAAGCUGCGGCCAGUGCCUGUGGUCAGCUCUAAUGCUCAUUGGCUCAUGGCUGUUUGGGGUGUGGCUCAUUACACUGUGCUGCUGUGACUGCCUUGUCUGUGUUAGAUAACGUUAGAUUUCACAGUGACAAACCUUCCCAAGACAAACGCUGACUCCUGAAUCGACCCAAUUCUGGCUUCGAAGUCAGUUGUUCUUUGUGGUGAGGCAUUAGUACAGUAUGUGAACAGUGUAAUACUGAUAUGGUGAACAGAAAAGACCCACUCAAAGGAAACUAAUGGGUCUCCAUAGAUAGAGACUGAGACUGAGGUGUUCAUAACCUACGCAAAAACAAAUAUGACUUUUGGGGCAAUAUCUCUCACAAUAUUAAAGCAAGACUCCACUUUGAGACUGUACUCAACAACUGUGCUGUUUUGUUCUUUAAAAAUGAAUAUGCUGGGGGAAAUUGGGUAAUUUUUGGUCAAAAUGAUGACAUGAUAUUUUGUAUUAAUAUGGCCUGAAAUUAUUUUAACAGGGAAAAAUAUCUUCAACAAUCCUAUAAACAGUAUGGUUUACUGUAUAAGAGGAUGAUUUUGAGGUUUUCUCCACAAAAUAAACAAGCAAUGGCAGGUGAGGGGUUAAUGUGAACAAACUCUGUUGAAUGAAUAUUCUUAUUUGAGUACUAGAUAUGACAUUUAUGCAUAAGGGUUCAUUUUGGAGACCAUGUGUUUCUAACGUUUGCUAUUUCUAGGUCUAUCAUUAAAAAAAGUUGUUAUUAAGGUGAUGUGGGUGAUGUAGUUUUCAUCAGACCUGUCCCAAGCCACAGGAGAGAGUACCAUCUCAGGGCUGCACUCUCCAUUUAACAGUUCAGUUCAGUCUCCUAAGUCAGUGGCUGGUUAGGGGCCAGCUGGUGGAGGACCACCUGCCUCCUCUGCUCGACCAGCUGGACCCUAUAGAUAUCAUCUGGCCCUUUGCACUGACUGAGCUCAGUGAUAGAGAAUAGGCCAAGCACAUCCACCUU